AAAACCGGAUUGGAAAUGGUGGAUAGGUCCGAACGACGUAAUUGGGAGAUUUCCUGGUUGGGAAAGCGGUGGUUCUCGGUCAAAACACUGAAACGCAGAAUAGAAAACAGGAGGGGGACGAGUCGGAAAGGGCAGAAAAAAAGAAAAAGUCGGCGCGACCAAUUUUUCCGAACCCUAUUCUACACCAUCAGCCUUCAAUUCCAUCACGGACGUAAAGAUUUCCAUCGUUUACCGGAUAAAUUAGCAUAUUUUCGAAUAAAAGAGCUAAAGGAUGUUCUCACUCAGUUAGGUCUUUCAAAGCAGGGGAAGAAGCAGGACCUUGUUGACCGAAUAUUAGCCGUUCUCUCUGAUGAGGAAGUUUCCAAAGUGUGGCCAAAGAAGAAUGGUGUUGGAAAGGAAUUGCCGGCGAAACUAGUGGAUGACAUAUUUAGAAAAAUGCAGGUCUCUGGGGCCACUGAUUUAGCUUCAAAGGGACAAAGUGUGUCAGAUAGUAGUAAUGUGAAAGUUAAAGGGGAAAUUGACGACCAAUUUCAACCUGAUACAAAAAUCCGCUGCCUUUGUGGGAACUCAUUGGAGUCGGAGUCAAUGAUCAGGUGCGAGGAUCCAAGAUGCCAUGUGUGGCAACACAUUGGUUGUGUUAUAAUUAUGGAGAAACCUACGGAAGGGAAUCCCCAAGUUCCUGAUUUGUUUUAUUGUGAACUUUGUCGACUCAGUCGUGCCGACCCUUUUUGGGUUACGGUGGCAAAUCCUUUAUAUCCUGUGAAGUGGACUAAUACAAAUAUUCCAACUGAUGGUACGAACAAUGUGCAAAGCCUGGAGAAAACAUUUCAACUCACGAGGGCUGACAAGGACUUACUGGCAAAACAAGAAUAUGAUGUUCAGGCUUGGUGUAUGCUUCUGAAUGACAAGGUUCCAUUUAGGAUGCAGUGGCCACAAUAUGUAGAUCUUCAUCUUCAAGUCAAUGGUAUGCCUGUACGUGCAAUCAAUAGACCUGGCUCACAACUGCUUGGAGCUAAUGGUCGCGAUGAUGGUCCAAUUAUCACUCCAUACACAAAAGACGGAAUUAAUAAGAUUUCCUUAACGGGAUGUGAUGCUCGCAUAUUCUGUUUAGGUGUUCGAAUUGUAAAGCGGCGUACUGUUCAUCAGAUUCUCAGCAUGAUUCCCAAAGAGUCUGAAGGCGAGCGUUUUGAAGAUGCUCUUGCUCGCGUUUGUCGGAUCGGUGGUGGAACAGCUACAGAUAAUGCUGACAGUGACAGUGAUGUGGAAGUUGUUGCAGAUUAUUUUGGUGUCAAUCUACGAUGUCCAAUGAGUGGUUCGAGAAUGAAGGUUGCUGGAAGAUUCAAACCUUGUACUCACAUGGGUUGUUUUGAUCUUGAGGUCUUUGUGGAGUUAAAUCAACGUUCUAGAAAGUGGCAGUGCCCCAUUUGUCUCAAGAACUAUGCAUUGGAGAAUAUCAUUAUCGACCCUUACUUCAAUCGUAUCACAUCUAUGAUGAGGUACUGUGGCGAAGAUGUAGCAGAGAUUGAGGUGAAGCCUGAUGGCUCUUGGCGUGUAAAGACUAAAAAUGAAAGUGAACGAAGGGAUAUGGGGGAUCUCGCACAGUGGCAUUUUCCAGAUGGUACUAUUUGUGUUCCUGAUGCACAAGUUAGACCAAGAGUGGAAGUGUUGAAGGAGAUCAAACAUGAAGGUAUUUCAGAAGGUCAUACUGGUUUGAAACUAGGAAUAAGGAAAAAUCGUAAUGGCUUAUGGGAGGUCAGCAAACCAGAAGAUAUGAACCCCUCUUCUGAGAAUGGAUUACAAGAAAGGUUUGCAAACUAUGAGCAGAAAGUUAUUCCAAUGAGCAGCAGUGCCACCGGAAGUGGUAGGGAUGGUGAAGAUCAAAGUGUAAAUCAGGAUGGAGUUGGGAAUUUUGACUUUUCUACCCACAAUGGGAUCGAGAUGGAUUUGAUAUCUUUGAAUGUUGAUUCAGCAUAUGGAUUUGCUGGACGUAAUUCCUCUGCACCAAUAGGGAGUGCAGAUGUUAUUGUUCUGAGUGACUCAGAAGGAGAGGAUGACAUAAUAAUAUCUUCCGGAACUGUCUACAAGAACAAUCCAACUGAUGUUAGUGGGGUAACCUUUUCUGUUCCCCCUUCUGGGAUUGCUGAAACAUUUCCAGAAGAUCCUACUCUUGGAGUGGGUGGAAGUUCAUGCUUGGGUAUUUUUAAUGAUGAUGAAUUUGGGAUGCCUCUCUGGCCACUACCUCCCGGAACUCAAGCAGGUCAGGGUUUUCAAUUAUUUAGUUCUGAUGUAGAUGUCCCAGAUGGCCUAGUGGGUUUGCAACAUGGCUCUAUGAAUUGUUCUUCCUCAAUGAACGGCUAUACAUUGUCUCCAGAGACUGCAAUGGGGUCUGCUACCUUACUAUCAGAUCCUUCUAUUGGUCGCUCUGAUACUGACAUAAUUGAUGGUUUAGUUGAUAAUCCCUUGGCAUUUGCUGGGGACGAUCCAUCGCUUCAAAUAUUUCUUCCCACAAGACCCUCAGAUGUGGUGGUACAGACUGAUAUGAGAGAUCGGGUUGAUGUAUCAAAUGGCGUUCGUACUGAGGAUUGGAUUUCUCUUAGUCUUGGGGGUGGUGCUGCUGCUGGCAGUAAUGGUGAAUCGGCAGCCCCAAAUGGAUUGAAUCCAAGAGAACAAAUGCCAUCGAGGGAAGGUGCCUUGGAUUCAUUGGCAGACACUGCUUCUUUGCUUCUUGGUAUGAAUGACAGUAGAUCCGACAUGUCAAGCAGACAACGAUCAGAUAGCCCUUUCUCGUUUCCUCGUCAAAAACGUUCUGUAAGGCCGCGAUUGUACCUCUCUAUUGAAUCGGACUCUGAAUAGAGAAACUGGACCUAUUUUGUCGGCAUUUGAACUUUUUUUCAGGAUAGAAAACACAACAUCCAGUGAGCCUGUGAUCGGUCGCUUUCCAAGUUCAGUAUUAGUAGUGAGUAUGUUGACAAACAUUUUGGUGUGCAUCGAAUGUAAAUGUGUUCUAACAAUCGAUGGCAGAACAAAUCAAGAAAACUGUUAUUGCCUAAUGAGAAAACUGCUACCACCUGCAGAAUCUGUUUUCCCCUUUUGUACUAACAAUUGGUUCGCUUCAUGCUUUUCUGUUCAAUCCCCCAUUGAAGAUCUGCAGGUGCAGUGCUGGUAAUUUGAACAAGAGAUGGUAAUUUUAUUCUGGAUAGAUGGAAUUAAAUCCAUUGGUUUAAAACCUUUGGGUUUUAAAGGGAGAGAGUCCCCCUUAGAAAUACAUAUAUCUGCCGAUUUGUCUCUGUUUUAUAAUGGAGACCAAAUAGCCUGUAAAUGUUCAUUUGAAUCGAGUUUUAUUUAUAGAAAAAUUUAUAGUUAUUCAAAUAGACGCCUUUACUCGAGUAUUGCAUGGUAUUCAAACUUUUUGUUGUCUUCACAAUCAAUCAUGUAAAGUUUUAUGAUAAAAAGCACUUGGUGGUUUGUUGGGGAACCCUCCAUAUCAAGGAUUCAAGAUCGUUGAAAUAAAAACAAAGUGAGUGCUUCUUGGUAAGUAUUAUUACCCUA